GAACCAUUUAGAUUGAUAUUUAUUUUCAAAUAAAUGAGGAGAAGAAACAAAAAUUAAAAAUAGAGAGAAUUAAAAUAAAAAUCAACGGCCGACCGGUGCCGACGUGCUUUCCCUCCUACAAUAUUUAUAUUUAUUUUUCGUUAUUUAUUUACAGCCUCCUUAUUUGUUAGAUCUCACACACAUUUUCAUACCUUUCUUCUCUUCCCAUUCACUCUUCUCCGAUCCGGGUUGGAGUUCCAUUUCAUCAUUUUCUGAGGAAAAAAAACAAAUUAAAAAUGGCCGCUCCACCCGCUAGAGCUCGAGCUGAUUACGAUUACCUCAUCAAGCUCCUCUUGAUCGGCGACAGCGGUGUGGGUAAGAGUUGCCUUCUUUUACGUUUCUCAGAUGGCUCCUUCACGACCAGUUUUAUCACAACAAUUGGUAUUGACUUCAAGAUAAGGACCAUAGAGCUUGACAGUAAACGAAUCAAACUUCAGAUCUGGGAUACUGCUGGUCAGGAGCGGUUCCGAACAAUUACAACUGCUUACUACCGUGGAGCCAUGGGUAUAUUGCUGGUGUAUGAUGUUACUGAUGAGUCAUCUUUUAACAACAUCAGGAACUGGAUAAGAAACAUUGAACAGCAUGCUUCCGACAAUGUCAACAAAAUUCUGGUCGGCAACAAGGCUGACAUGGAUGAAAGCAAAAGGGCUGUUCCUACAUCCAAGGGUCAAGCACUUGCUGAUGAAUAUGGCAUUAAAUUCUUUGAAACUAGUGCCAAGACAAAUAUGAACGUUGAGGAAGUUUUCUUUUCCAUAGCCCGGGAUAUAAAACAAAGGCUUGCCGAAUCUGACUCGAAGGCUGAGCCUCAGACCAUCAGGAUAAAUCAACCGGACCAAGGAGCAGGAACUUCACAAGGCACCCAAAAAUCAGCUUGCUGUGGUUCUUGAAAUAUUGAUAGCAAGUGAAGUCAGGAUGAAGGGAAAUACAUCCUCAAAAUGACCAUUUUAGUGGAAGGACGGGUGAAACUAAUCUUUAUUAUAACAUUCUCACCGUUGAUUGUAAUUUUCUGUUUACAGUUAUUUUCUUCCAAUAUCUAUUUGUAUUUGGUGGCAGCUUUUGGUAUUUGCAAAAAUUGACCAGUAUAUGCUCACCACUUUUUGUGACUUAAAUGAAGGGACGAACUGCCUUCUGAUA